AUGACAAAGCGAACCUCCGCAAAAAGUGCACCUUCUGAUCGCUCAUCAACAAGCGCCGUGCAAGCAGAGAGGCUAGCAAUAGAAGCAGAUCAUGCACGUCGCGUUGCCGAAGCCGAACGUAGAUCCUUAGCUGCCGAACGCGAGGCACAGCAGCGAGCGCUUGCCGCAGAACGCGCUGCUUCUGAAGCAGAAAUGCGUGCCCAGAUAGCAGCACUAAAUAGUCGUUCUAGCCGCCGUAGCUCCAGGAACUCAAUAGAGAACUGGCUGGACGCUAACUUCGCUACGACAUCCAAGAACUGCGCAUCAGCCCCGAGAGAAGAUAUAGCAACAAACUGCGCGCCGGAGACUCAGAACCCAUCCAGUCCACCUGCCAUUCCUGCUGCAUGCGAUGCAGUACCUGCAGGGCCUGCAGUGCCGAUGCCCAUGGAGGGCCCUCACGGUGCUGCCUUCAAGGCCGUGCCACAGGAGCAGGCGGCCCAUAGUGGGCACUUCUCGGCCCACCCCAUUGUGACGGACCCGUACAUACCACAAAACAACACCAUAGGCACACAUACGCAUAAUUGUAUCACAAAUAAAAGCAUAGAAAACCACCACACUCUACACCUUGCUCGAGCAGUCGCUGACGUCGCUAUAAAAGCGGCCCAAUCAUCCAAGGUAAGUGCACCGCUCCCACUCUUCGAUGGUCGCGCGACGGAUUGGCUUAUAUUUAAAAAGUCAUAUGAUAAGUCCAGCCCGGCGCUAACACCAACGGAGAACUUGGCGAGGCUCAAUGCUAGUCUCCGUGGGGCCGCGCGCGAUCACGUAGCUAUACUGCUAGCGGCCACGCGCGACCCUCGUGAGGUCAUUCAUGCUCUUGAGGUAUUCUUUGCUAGACCCGAAUUCAUAAUACUUUCAGAGAUCUCGGCAAUGCGAGCUCUCCCAAAAAUAAGUAAUAAUGAGAGCAUGAAGGAACUCAAUCUUUUUGCUUGCAAAGUACGCAGAUGCACGGAAGUCGUGCGACUGCUCAACCGACCAGAGUAUUUGGCGUCACCCGAUUUGGCCAACGAGAUCUUAACAAAAUUUACGCCAUUACUCAGGAUCCGUUGGGCAGACUAUGCAGCAAGCAAAGAGACUCUGGACAAGUUUCGACUCGAACUACUGUCCGAAUUUCUUAUGCUCGAGGCGGAAUUACGUGUUCGGUAUGGAACCUAUUCUGAACAAGUAAAGCCCGAACCGCCCAAACGUCAAUGUCAUCCACUGACGUCAUGUCAUAGUACCAUAGACAAAGUUGCUAUUUGUCCUUAUUGCUCAAAGUCUCACAACAUUGAAACAUGUAAAGAGUUUAGUUUAGCUACAGUAGAAGAUCGAUGGAAGUGGGUCAUUGCUAACAAAGUCUGUUACAAAUGCCUCCAAAAACCACCUCACCAACAAAGACUCAAAACGACAAGUCCAUCGAGUGACGAUACAGCGCCGAGUUCGUCUGCAACCGUCACCCACAGUCGAUCGCUCCCUACGUCCCAGCGUCCACUACUGAAGGUAGUUCCCGUCACAGUAGCCGGCCCUAAAGGUACUUUCGAUACUUUUGCCUUGCUAGAUGAUGGCUCUACAGCCACCCUAUUAGACUCGUCAGUAGCGUCCGCCAUAGGUGCAAAGGGACGAAGAAGCCAUAUUAAGAUCGAUGGUAUAGGAGGUAUGUCAACUGAGUCCGAUAUAUCCCUAGUCGACAUCACAAUCAAGGGACGUUAUAGUACGGAGUGGCAUUCUUUAGAAAAUGUUCGUUCUAUUCCUAACCUGAACCUUGGUCCACAACAUAUUGAUCGCGAGUUUGUUAAAGGUUUACAUUAUUUAUCUGAUUUGGUCGAUUUUAUAUGUUAUGAACAUGCUAAACCGAUGCUUUUAAUUGGUAUCGACAACUGGAACCUCACCCUGCCCACAGAGAUCCGCCAGAGCUCUAAGUCUCAGCCUGUAGCCGGUCUCACCCCUCUUGGUUGGGUCCUUUUCGGUUUCAGCUCGAGUAAAACCAAACCAAUCGAGUUCGUAAACCAUACCAUUUCCACAACUGUAAAUCCGUCAAACAGCUAUGAAUCGUUAGAAAAUCUCAUAAAAGAAGAUUACAAACUAGAUUCUAUAGGCAUUGUAGCUAAAGAUUAUCGCACCCCUACUGAGCAAAGAGCGUUAGAUUUACUAGAGUCCACCACUACUCGUCUUCCUUCAGGGCGAUUUGAAACAGGUCUCCUAUGGCGAGACAACUUAAAAGAUGUCCCCAAUAAUUAUAAACUUGCCUUGUCCCGCUUUAAAAGCCUAGAACGAAAACUCAUAGGUGAUAAGUCGCUUGCAGAAUCAUAUAGGCAACAGAUAAAUGCCAACAUUGUCAAGGGUUACGCAGAAAUAUGCACAGAACCUGCAGACCCCUCCAAAGUCACUUGGUAUCUGCCACAUUUCGGCGUCGUACACCCACAAAAAAAGAAACUUAGGGUUGUACACGACGCAGCAGCCACUUUUGAAGGUGUUAGCCUCAAUUCUAUGCUUUUAGCAGGUCCCGAUUUACUGCAACCUCUGUUAGCAAUUCUGAUGCGUUUUCGUGAAGGCCGCAUCGCUCUCAACGGCGAUAUUCGGGAAAUGUUUCCCCAAAUUAAAAUCCGGAAGGAGGACAGAGACGCUCAACGUUUCCUGUGGCGUAAUGAACCAUCCCAACCGAUUUUGGAAUACAGAAUGUCGUCGAUGAUUUUCGGUGCGGUCUCCAGUCCGUGCACAGCUCUCUACCUGAAAAAUAAAAACGCAUUAGAUCAUAAAAAAGAAUUUCCGAUGGUCGUAGAUGCCGUAGUUAACAACCACUACAUGGACGAUUACCUGGGUAGCGUCGACUCUGCAGAUGAAGCAGCUCGUCUCGUAGCUGAUAUUGUAGAAGUCCACUCUCGCGCAGGUUUCGAGAUGAGAAAUUGGGUUUCUAAUUCUAAAGAAGCUCUUACCUUGAUUCCUCGAGAUCUAUGUGCCGCAAACAUCUUAGAGGUAAAUCUUGCAAACAAUGCUCCAAACCAUAAAAUUCUCGGAGUGUCUUGGAACAUCGUUGAUGACUCUCUAGGCCUUUUGCGAAGUUUACCCCCUAUCCAUGAGUCUUCUAAGUGGACUAAGCGCCAUGUCCUAUCAUUACUAAUGCAAGUAUAUGACCCUCUAGGCUUUUUGGCUCCUAUUGUCAUAAGAGGUCGAAUUCUUUUUCAACAAACCUGGAGGCUCGGUAUCAACUGGGACGAUCACUUACCAUCCGAAAUUCUAUUAAAAUGGAAACAUUGGUUUGAGCACCUAUCAAAUCUCCGCCAAACUUCUAUUCCACGCUGCUACACAACAUGUGAGUGGACGGAAAAACAACUCCAUGUCUUUGCUGAUGCUAGCGAAUACGCAUACUCCUGUGUAGCGUAUUGGCGUUUCAUAACGCCCAACGAUUGCAAAAUAAGCCUUAUUGGUGGAAAAGCGAGGUUAGCUCCUCUAAAGCCAGCCUCCAUACCUAAAUUAGAGCUCCAGGCAGCUCUGAUCGCUGCUCGUUUUUGUAAAUAUUUAAUAGAGGCUCAUAAACAUAAGCCUGUCAAAAUUUUCCUUUGGUCAGAUUCUUUGACAGUUCUCAAAUGGCUUCGUAGUGAUGCUCGCAAUUUUAAAGUAUUCGUUUCACAUCGGGUUGGAGAAAUUUUAGAACUCACAGACAUUUCUUGUUGGAAAUAUGUUCCAACUCAUCUGAAUGUUGCUGACGACGCUACGAGGCCACAAUCAAAAUUCGAAAUUUCACGAUGGUUCUCCGGGCCACCCUUUCUAUUACUCGGUCAAAAUGAAUGGCCUGAGGAACCUUCCACAAAUGUGCGACUAGGCCCCGAAGAAAUGAAAUGUGAUCGAGAGCUAGUUGCACUAACAACAGAUAAUUCUCCGGAACUAUCCCCAGUAGUAGCUAAUCACUGUCGUUUCAGUAAUUGGUUACGUCUAGUUCACGCUACAGCUACUGUUGCUCUAGCUGCUAAGUUUUUUAUACAUUUAUUGUUUCGUAAGAUAGGGAAUAGGGUUGACGAAGCCCCUUCUCGACGGCUACAAGCCUCAGAUCUAGUCGCAUCAGAACUCCGCUUACUCUUGCGUUCCCAACUAGACUCCUUUGGAGAAGAACGUCGCCUUAUUAAAGCCGAAAAGCCCUUGCCUUCUAGAAGUCGUUUGAGACGGCUAGCUGUCACCUUGGACGAUUCCCAAAUAUUAAAAUUAGCAGGGAGGACAAGAGCCUGUGCGGGUUCAAUCACCACAAGCAACCCCAUUGUGCUCGACGGCAAGCAUCCCAUCGUAAAACUUCUAAUAAAAUACCAUCACAACAGAGCAGCACAUGCGAACACAGAAUUAAUUGUCAACGAAUUACGGCAGAACUCGUCUCCUCAACUCAUCUUCGGUAUACGUCCAGCCGUAAAGAAAGUCGCUAACGAAUGCAUGAUGUGUCACCUUCGUAAAAGAACCCACCGACCCCAUCUUUCGGUGAUCUACUUGCAGAACGGAUGGCUCAUAGCGUACGCCCAUUCUCCUUUGUUGGGCUAG